AUGGGUCAAUUCGACUGGUUCCGAUCCAUUGGCGCCACGCCUGAGGCCGUGGCCGUCCUGAACGACCAGCCCAUUCUGUUCACGAUCCUUUUGAUCGUCCUCGUCGCCGUCAUUCUGCAGAUUGUCCUACUCUGGUACAUCCACUUCGCGACGUUGAAGCCGGAACAGAAGAAGAAGAAGGAGCCCAAGAAGGGAGCUGCCAAGGGUGGCAAGAAAUAG